CCUGCCUGUCCCGCUUCAACGCCCUCUCUCUGGUCUACCUGCUGUUCCUGCUGCUGCUGCCCUGGUUCCCGGGUCCCUGUAGGCACGGCAUCCCAGGCCACACUGGUCGCCUCCUCCAGGCCCUGCUGGCUUUCAGCCUCCUCUUCCUGGCAGCCCACCUGGCCUUCCAGAUAUGCCUGCACACUGUGCCCCGCCUGGACCAGCUUCUGGGGCCCAGCUGCAGCCCCUGGGAGAUCCUCUCCCGGCACGUGGGGAUCACGAGGCUGGACCUGAAGGACAUCCCCAAUGCCAUCCGGCUGGUGGCCCCCGACCUCGGUGUCCUGGUGGUCUCCUCUGUGUGCCUCGGCCUGUGUGGGCGCCUCGCCCGGGACGCCCAGCCGAGCCAGCGUGCCCAGGAGCUGGACGAUGAUGACAGGGAAGUGGGCUCCGGCUCCCCAGCGGGGCCUCAGGGAGCCCCUGUGCUGGCCCCCACGCGGAGGUCGCGGCUGGCCACCCGGUUCCAGAUCACAGCGCACUGGCUGCUGGUGGCCGCGGGGCGGACCCUGGCCAUCGUGCUGCUCGCACUGGCAGGCAUCGCCCACCCCUCCGCCUUCUCCAGCGUCUACUUCCUGAUCUUCCUGGCCACCUGCACGUGGUGGGCGUGCCACUUUCCCAUCAGCCCCCUGGGCUUCAGCACACUCUGCAUCAUGGUGGGCUGCUUCGACGCCGGCCACCUCAUCUGCAUCUACUGCUACCAGACCCCCUUCGCCCAGGCCAUGCUCCCGCCGUCCAGCAUCUGGGCCAGGGUGUUCGGUUUCAAGGCCUUGGUGGCCCAGAGCAACUGCUCCCGCCCCAACGUGCUGGUCCUCGAUACGAGCCACGACUGGCCCGUCUACGUGAGCCCCGGAGUCCUGCUGCUUCUCUACUACACCGUGACCUCACUCCUCAAGCUCCGCACGCACCAGCCCUUGGACCAGAGGAAGGCGGCGGCCGGGAACGACGAGGAGCAGGAGGUGGAGCUGACCCAGGUGGACCAGUGGCCCCAGGGCCAGGCCAGGGCUGCAGCCACCAAGGAGGAGGGGGCUGCCCAGUGCAUGCUGCCCACAACCACGGGGUCUGACUGGGAGACCGACAGCUGCACCGUGCAUGACCUGACUGGCCACAGCCCCGUCCAGCAGCGCCCCGUGCACCCUGGGCUGGCUGAGCCUCGAGAGCCGUCUGCACUACACAGUCUGGGUCAUCUCAUCAUGGACCAGAGCUACGUCUGUGCCCUCGUUGCCAUGAUGGUAAGGGGCAGCCGGCCUGGGCAGCCCUCCAGGUGGGCCCUUCAUGCUGCUCCCCUCGGGACGUUCUGGGAGGCGGAUGGUGGCCUACGUCUCGCAGAGCCUGGUGCCUGUGGCCAGAAACGGGGCUGUGUCCUGCUGGGCCACAAGCUGCACAGCAAGUGUGUGUGUGUGCACGCGUGUGUGCGCCUGUGUACAUGGAGCGGGUGGGUGCCCAUGUGAGCGUGCGUCCUGUGCCAUCGGGCUCGUCUGAGGAGGUGUGUUGGCCUCCCUGUCCCCUGGCAGGGUGGGGGGGAGCAGGGCCCAGAGAAGAGGGCCAGGGGAGCAGGGCUGGGA